CUUUUGAAAGUAAGAACAUUCUUCAAGAAAUGCGUCAAACACGCAACUCCGAAGUACCCUUUAUUUUCACUUGCUCAAUUACAUUCCAGACGAUUGGGAGUCUGCCCUGACAAAUCUGGAAAGUGCUGCCUACUUCUUCUGUGUGAGCCGUUGGGAUCACUUAUUGAUUAG